CGUGUCAGCGCGGGUUCUGCGCACGCGACAGAGAUAACGGUUCUGCUUUAGACGCUGCUAGGAGGUCUGGCCGUUGUGUCAGGCUAUCUUAUGUGGCGCUCAGAAGACUGUCGCUGGGCUCGAUGCUACUGUGUCGUCGAACAGAUAAGUGUGAGAGUUGGGGCUUGCCAGAGGCCAUAGACCAUAUUUCUUACCACCAUCCAUACCUUCCAACUCAGCACGGCGUCGUUCGUGAACAAUCAUGGGUCUUCUCAGUCGACUCGAGUUGCCCUCCGCAAGCGACGGGAAAGAGUCGAAUGAGACAGCAACGAACAAAGACCUGCAGCCUAUCCCAUUGAACAGUCCGGAAAGGACCUGGUCAUGGCCCAGUCUCCUGGGUUUCUGGAUCGCUGAAGCCUUCUCGAUCUCGAUGUAUCAAGUCUCCUCGACCGCCGUCACAAAAGGAUUGAAUCCCGGUCUUGCCAUCCUCGCGGUGUUCAUCGGUCAUGCACUCGUCUGUGUUCCAGCCAUGCUUGACGGUUACGUCGGCGCGACGCUCGGCAUCAACUUUCCAGUCUAUUGCAGGUCAGCAUUUGGGAUGCGCGGCAGCAAAUUCGCCGUUCUCGUUCGCGGCAUUGUGGCAGUCAUCUGGUUCGGCACGCAAAGCUACCAAGGCGGCCAGUGUCUGGCAAUCAUGAUCUCUGCCAUCUGGCCCUCCUUCAACCAUUUCCCAAACCAUCUGCCUGCCAGCGCCCACGUCACGUCAACUCAGCUGCUGUGCUUCUUCCUCUUCAUCAUCAUUCAGCUGCCGCUCCUUUACCUGAACGUUUCGCACUUGCGGUACAUGUUCAUGGCGAAGACGUUCAUCAUGCCAGCCUUCGGCCUGACGCUCUUCAUCUGGGCCCUUGUGCAGGCUAAAGGAUUUGGCCCGACUUUCCACAAGCCCACACACAUCGCCGACGGUACACCGGUAGCCGUGGUGUUCUUUCAAUGUGUCACGGCAGCCAUUGGUCCCAAGGCAACGCUUGCGCUCAACAUGCCGGACUUCACGCGCUACGCCAAGCGCCCGAGGGAGGUCUUCUGGACGCAAGCCGUUGGUCUCAUGGUGCUAGUCACCAUGUGCGGUGUGCUCGGGGCAACUGUCACCUCAGCCGCGACAGUCAUUUACAAAGUUCCUGCGUCGAAGGCGUGGAAUCCAUUGUACGUUGCUCAGCUGUGGGACAACCGCGCCGCACAGUUCUUCGCUGGAGCUUGCUGGGCAUUUGCCGUCAUUGGCACCAACAUCUCAGCCAACAGCGUCUCCUUUUCGAACGAUCUGUCCUUGUGGUUUCCGAAGUACAUCAACAACCGCCGCGGCGCCUUCAUCUGCGCUCUGCUCUCGGUGGGCGCCGUUCCGUGGUAUAUCCAGAACAGUGCAAAGUCAUUCUCUUCUUUCUUGGGCAGCUACGGCCUUUUCCUGGGAGCGUUGGCUGGUAUCCUGGUGUGUGAUUUCUGGAUCAUCAGGCGGAAGCAGCUGUCACUGUCGGCAUUGUACUCGAGAUCUCCCGCAGCAGCGCACUGGUUCUGGCAAGGCUUCAACUGGCGCGCAUUCGUAGCGUUCGCUUGCGGAAUUGUGCCCAACAUGCCUGGCUUGGCGAAAACCUGCAAUGCCAGGCUUCAUAUUCCCAAGGGCGCAAUCUACCUUUACAGCCUGGCUUGGCUGAUCAGUAUCCUCGUCGCCGGACUCGUCUACUGGGCCCUACACAAAAUCAGUCCAAUGGCAGCAUCCGUUGACCCUGCUGACGUCCUUAAUGGAGUCGACAGCGAGACAGCAAGUGAUGUGGUAGUGGAGAAGACGAAAGGCAAAGCGUUCGAUGUAUAGACUUUACAAUGAUGUAUGACAACGACGAUGGUGACAUCACCUGAGAUAGACCUAGAUAUGAUUCAGCG